UCAAUUCAUAACAUUUUGUUUGUUUUUGUUUUCUCUCUCAUCUCUACGCUCAACAUAUGUUCAUAUGUUGCUCAACCUUGUCUUCGGAACGAACGAUUCAGUGGAUCCAUCUCAUUGGUAUUCCCAUUAAAACAUACCACCCAUUCUCCACAAAUCAAAGUAAAUGAACACCCAAAAGAGAUGACAGUAACAUUGAUUAUCAGGAGAACAUUAACCACUUGUAGUAAGCUAGGCGCUAAGCAGAUCCCAAACAAUUUGAAGGGCAGGAGUAAAAGUUCACAGGAAUGGUUAACCCGGCAAUUGGCCGAUCCAUAUGUGGAGAAGGCCAAAAUGAUGAACUAUCGUUGCCGAAGUGCAUUCAAACUGCUAGAAAUCGAUGAAAAGUACAACAUUAUUCAGCCAGGGGAUUGUGUAAUAGACUGCGGUGCCGCACCGGGAAGUUGGACACAAGUGGCAGUGGAAAAAUGUAAUGCUAAUGGGCGCAUGGAAAAGAAACCAAAGGGGGCUGUAUUUAGUAUGGAUUUAUUGCACUUUCACAGUGUUCCAGGAGCAACAAUAUUUGGUGGCAUGGACUUUACGAAAGAGGAGAGCAAACAGCAACUUAUAAAAGCACUGAAUGGUAGAAAAGUCAAUUGCGUAUUGUCCGAUAUGGCUCCAAAUGCCACAGGUGUGAGAAUAUUAGAUCAGGAGUCCAUUGUUAAUUUAUGUUACGAUGUCCUACGUUUUGCUCUUGUCAUGUCGGCACCUCAAGCCAAUCUCGUUGUAAAGGUAUGGGAUAAUGGUGAUGUACCCAGAAUGGAAAAAGAUAUCCAACGAUUCUAUGAAAAAGUGAAGAGGGUAAAACCCAGAUCUAGUCGGGACGAUUCCGCCGAACAAUUCUUUGUGGCACGAGGUUUUAAGGGAUUAGAAAAUAUUAUGAAUGAAGAAAAGAAAGAAACAAAAUAAACCUGACAUGGUACUCAGA